GUAGAAAGUGCGCAAUUUUAGCCACAGUAAUGCUCAUCUGCGUUAAUUUGUCAGUUCAACUGCCCUCGGACAUAAUUUUCACAAAAGGAAGCGAUGCACUCAAGUCAGCUCCACUCAUAGAUGGACACAACGAUUUACCAUAUACUCUGUAUUCCAUCGCAAACGAUGAAUUGAGCAAGUUUCCAUUUGAAAAGAACCUCACAGAGGACAAGGUCUGGGGACUAAAGGUCUGUAAAUCAUGUAGGACAGACCUGCCGCGUUUAUCAGCUGGAAUGGUUGGAGCUCAGUUUUGGGUGGCUUUCGUUUCUUGCCAAUCUCAAUACAAAGACGCGGUGACGCUGACGCUCCGUCAAAUAGACGUGAUCAAGCGGCUGGUGAACAAAUACCCGAAAAACUUGGAACUCGUGACUGCAGCUGACAACAUAGAAACGUCAUGGAAAAAUGGAAAACUUGCUUCCCUCAUUGGCGUCGAAGGAGGACAUUCUCUUGAUUCCAACUUGGGGGUUUUGCGGCUCUACUACGAACUCGGAGUGCGCUACGUAACUCUGACCCAUUCCUGCAACACCCCAUGGGCCGAUGCAUCACCGUGGACUGACAAACCCGUCUACAACUUGACUGAAUUCGGAAAGUACGUCGUAUGGGAAAUGAAUCGCCUCGGUAUGCUUGCCGAUCUCUCGCACGUAUCCCACAACGUCAUGAGGGACGUGCUAAAUGUCACGAGGGCUCCAAUUAUUUUUUCUCACUCAUCGGCUUAUGCCAUUUGCAACAACUACAGGAAUGUCCCCAACGACGUCCUACUCAAAGUAAAAGAGAACGAGGGGAUUGUGAUGAUCAAUUUCUUCAAUGACUUUGUUAACUGUGAUAAAACGAGAAAUGCUACGAUUGACGAUGUCGUUGCGCACAUAAACUACGUUAGAAAUCUCAUUGGAGUGGAUCAUGUUGGUAUUGGCGCCGAUUACGAUGGAGUCGAAAACGCGCCCGAAGGACUCGAGGAUGUCUCCAAGUAUCCGGCACUGUUCGAUCGACUGUAUGCUCGGAAAGAGGGCGAGCCAAAGUGGAGUAAAGAGGAUCUCGAAAAACUUGCGGGAAGAAAUCUCAUCCGAGUUUUUAAAGCUGUUGAAAAAGUCCGUGAUUCUUUAGCAUCAGAGGAGCCUUACGAGAACAACAUUUCUGGACAAGAGUUAAGAAUUGCGGAAAAACGAGAAGGUCUCGUACCAGGCGCUUGUCGGACGGCUAAGGAGUAA